CAUUGUGAGAAAAACUCGCCGCACCUUCGACGGGUGGAGCCUGUGGCCGUGGGAAAGCUUGAGGGCUGCAGCUUGAUAGAGUGAACAUUGUUUGACAGAGAGGACGAGCUACCUGUGCCCAUUGAUUGCCGACACAAGUUCAAUUUCGUCUAUUGGUCGCUGUUUCGGGUGAUGGCUUAGACGGUUUAGAUGCGACCAAUGAUUCUGACGAGUGACAGCAACAGGGCAUUGGACACAAUGUCUCGGAAUACCUCUGCCUUGAGAUAGGGAAGCGGCGCGACUCGUCGACCGCAACGCGGAAAAAUAUUCAGCGGGGAGAGAGAAUGCGAAUGGUCCGAAGAGCUCGAAAUCAAACAAAAUGGAAACGAUGUAGCCUGGAUGCGGUGCCUCAUAUAGCUAGACGUCACGUUAGAGUAGAAACUAGAUAGCUAAGGGAAGCCGCAACUUCACUCAUGUGCAUGUAAAGUUAUCCCACGGGGGGAGCCGUCACAUAGCCUGUAGGUGUCUGCCGAAACAGAAGAGUUCACCAGAUCGCAGCGGUCGUCCACGGAAGAUAAGAAACAAGGAAAGAUGCUCUGCAGAAGACUGAACCGUUGGCUUGGAGGUGACGAGAGCAGAGUAGACAGCAGGACCAUCUACGUUGGCCAUCGGCCGUCGACCACUGAGGCCUUCAUCCCGCCCAAGUUCUGCGACAAUAGGAUUGUGUCCUCCAAGUACACGGUGUGGAACUUCCUGCCAAAGAACCUGUUUGAACAGUUCAGACGGAUUGCAAAUUUCUACUUCCUUAUCAUCUUCCUGGUGCAGGUGAUAGUGGACACGCCCACCAGCCCAGUCACCAGUGGCCUGCCUUUAUUUUUUGUCAUCACCGUCACAGCCAUCAAGCAGGGUUAUGAGGACUGGUUGCGGCACAAGGCGGAUAACGAGGUGAACAAGUACCCGGUGACGGUACUGGAAAAUGGCCGCAGAAUGGGCACGGAAAGCGAGAAGAUCAAGGUGGGAGACGUGGUGGAGGUGAAUGAGGACGAGACCUUUCCCUGUGACCUGAUUCUGCUGCAGUCUACCAGGGACGACGACACCUGCUUCGUCACCACAGCUAGCCUGGAUGGAGAGUCCAACCACAAGACACAUUACACAGUGCCAGACACGGAGAAGGAUCUGGACUCUCUCAGUGCCACCAUCGAGUGUGAGCAGCCCCAGCCUGACCUCUACAAGUUCGUUGGCCGUAUGCACAUAUACAAAACUGAUCGGGAGCCUGAAAUAAGGUCUCUGGGUCCAGAAAACCUUCUCUUGAAAGGGGCCACUCUGAAGAACACUCAGAGGAUCUGUGGAGUGGCUGUUUACACUGGCAUGGAGACAAAAAUGGCCCUCAACUACCAAGGCAAAUCACAAAAGCGCUCUGCGGUAGAAAAGUCCAUCAAUGCCUUUCUGCUGGUGUACCUGUGCAUCCUGGUGAGCAAGGCCCUGGUAUGCACCACGCUCAAGUACGUGUGGCAGAGUAAGCCGGGCCAGGACGAGCCCUGGUACAACCAGAAGACCCAGAGAGAGAAGGAGACAAACCUGUACCUGAAGAUGUUCACGGACUUCCUGUCCUUCAUGGUGCUCUUCAACUUCAUCAUCCCCGUCUCCAUGUACGUCACCGUGGAGAUGCAGAAGUUCCUGGGCUCGUUCUUCAUCACCUGGGACCGGGACUUCUACGACCCGGAGAUCCAGGAGGGGGCGCUGGUCAACACCUCAGACCUCAACGAGGAGCUGGGCCAGGUGGAGUACGUGUUCACGGACAAGACCGGCACGCUCACCCAGAACAACAUGGAGUUCAUCGAGUGCUGCAUCGACGGCUUCCAGUACAAAUACAGAGACGCGGUGUCGGAGCUGGACGGGUUCAGCGCUACCGACGGACCCGUGAGCAAGCUGCAAGAGAAGGCUGGCAAGGAGCGCGAGGAGCUGUUCCUGCGCGCGCUGUGUCUGUGCCACACGGUGCAGGUGAAGGAGCCCACGGGCCGGGGUCAGGACCACACGGACAGCAUGGCGGGCGUGGACGGCAUGGAGGGCUGUCCCCCGCCCCACGAGCAGACGGGCUUCAUCGCCUCCUCCCCCGACGAGGUGGCGCUGGUCAAGGGGGCCAUGAGGUAUGGCUUCACAUUUCUUGGAAUGGAGAGCAAGAAGAUGAAAAUCAUGAACAGAAGCAACGCCAUUGAAACGUAUGACCUGCUUCACGUGUUGAAUUUUGAUCCAGUGCGACGGAGAAUGAGUGUGAUAGUCAGAUCCAAAUCAGGUGAUGUGCUGCUGUUCUGUAAAGGGGCGGACUCGUCCAUCUUCCCCCGCGUCCGGCAGGAGGAGGUGGAGAAGAUCCGCGUGCAUGUGGAGCGCAACGCUACGGAGGGCUACCGGACCCUGUGUGUGGCCUACAAGAAGCUGAGCCCGGAGGAGUACGCCCGGGCCGACGCAGACCUGCAGGCGGCCCGGCUGGCCCUGCAGGACCGCGAGGAGAAGCUCAUCGCCGUGUACAACCAGGUGGAGGCGGGGAUGACGCUGAUAGGAGCCACGGCCGUGGAGGACAGGCUCCAGGAGGAGGCGGCAGAGACCAUGGAGGCGCUGCAGGGCGCGGGCAUCAAGGUGUGGGUGCUGACGGGCGACAAGAUGGAGACGGCCAAGUCCACGUGCUACGCCUGCCGCCUGUUCCAGCGGGGCACGGAGCUGCUGGAGCUCACGGUGCGCACGCUGGAGGACGGCGUGCGCAAGAGGGAGGAGCGGCUGCACGACCUGCUGCUGGAGUACCACAAGAAGGCCGUGCAGGACGUCCCGCCCACCAAGCCCGGCGGCAGCAGGGGUUGGUCUAAGCCGAGCCAGGACUUCGGCUUCAUCAUAGACGGCGCCUCGCUCUCCAUGGUGUUCAACUCCUCAGAGUCCAGCUCUAGCCACUACAAGAACCUCUUCCUGCAGAUCUGUCAGAACUGCACCACGGUGCUCUGCUGUCGAAUGGCUCCUCUGCAGAAGGCACAGAUCGUGAAGAUGGUGAAGUGCUCUAAAGGAAGCCCCAUCACGCUGUCCAUCGGGGACGGGGCCAACGACGUCAGCAUGAUCCUAGAAGCUCACGUUGGCAUCGGCAUCAAGGGCAAGGAGGGUCGCCAGGCGGUGAGGAACAGCGACUACGCCAUCCCCAAACUGAAGCACCUGAAGAAGCUGCUGCUGGGACACGGCCACCUCUACUACGUCCGCAUCGCACACCUGGUGCAGUACUUCUUCUACAAGAACCUUUGCUUUAUAUUACCUCAGUUCUUGUACCAGUUUUUCUGUGGCUAUUCGCAACAACCCCUAUACGAUGCCGCCUAUCUCACGAUGUACAACAUCUGCUUCACCUCCAUGCCCAUCCUGGCCUACAGCCUCUUGGAGCAGCACAUCUGUGUGGAGGUCUUGCUGGACAACGCUACCCUCUACAGGAGCAUCGCGAAGAACGCCAUGUUGCGCUGGGUCCCCUUCUUCUACUGGACCCUGCUCGGGGUCUUCCACGGCCUGCUCUUCUUCUUCGGUGUUCGCUUCCUGUUUGGUAACCCUGCGUUACAGGCCAACGGCCAGGUGUUUGGAAACUGGUCCUACGGAACGAUAGUCUUCACUGUGCUCGUCUUCACCGUCACGUUCAAGCUGGCUCUGGACACGAGGCACUGGACCUGGAUCAAUCACUUUGUCAUCUGGGGCUCCCUGUGCUUCUAUGUUAUCUUCAGCUUCUUCUGGGGAGGGAUCAUCUGGCCCUUCCUGAAGCAGCAGAGGCUGUACUAUGUGUUCGCCCACAUGCUGAGCUCGGCGUCGGCCUGGCUGGUCAUCGUUCUGCUCAUCCUGCUCAGCCUGCUGCCAGACAUCCUGCUGGUGGUGCUGCGUAAGCCCCUAGGGCCUCACGCACGGCAGCUUUCAGAGAACUGCCAUCCACAGACAUUCAGAUUGCAGCUGUUACACCACUAUCCUACAAACAUCUCAAGGAAGGAGAGUAGCGGGGGGCCAUGAAGUAGUAGAACAACAAGAACAGCACCAACAACAGGAACCUUUCAGGACCUCAUUCCAGUCAGGACCCUAGUCCGUCCGCCAUCUUGCCUGAUGUUAAAGAGUCAUGUUAAUGGUUAAAAAGAGAGACUGAAGACAAGAGUCAAGUAAAAGAGAAGCCAACCAACCCCAGGAGGGAGGGGGGAGUUCAGAGAUGUCUACUGGGGGGUGGGGUUGGACAUGCUGGUGCUGCGCCCCUCCCUGCCCUACCUCCCUCCCGUCUCC